AUGGAGGGCAACAACGACUCCGACGACCCACACCAUCGACUAACCCGUCCGUCACCGCCGCCACCAGCGGCUGAAGACACAGUCGAUUCGUCCGACACCGACACCAGCGAUCGCCGUCAACGAGGAGCCAAUCGCGGCCUCUUCCGUAACCUCACGAACCGUAUCCGCACGGCUGCCCACUUGUCGCGCGCCCGUCGAGCGGAUCAGAUAACAGAGGCCACACUCGGUCUGGUGAUGGACGAGCACGAGCUGUACGUACGGCAACCGCAGGCGCCGCCUGUGAGUCGGCUAAACAGCGUUAAGACCGGCGGUACUAAUGGUUCAGUGGCGCCGACCUCUACGCUCACAAAGCCGGCCGGUGUUGACCGGCAGGUGAGUCAGGCGAGUGGUGUGAUGGCCACCGAUGUCUUCGCCAACAAUCGGUUCAUUAUAUCGCACGGAAAGUGUCACUUCUGGAAGAACUACGCCUACAGUGUAGAGGGUCACCCGUAUCUGAAAGUGUCGCACGACGUGCACAUUGAGGACAUCGCGUACAUAAUGCACAGGCAGUGGCGGAUGGAGUCGCCCCGUAUAGUAGCGCUCAUCAUAUCCAAUGUGGCGCCCCUUCAGGACUGGACGAACGCCCGACAGAUCGCCGCUUUCAAGAAGGGACUCAUGAAGGCGGCCAACUCGACCAAUAUGUGGAUCUUCACCAAUGGUGUCAAUAUGGGCGCCGCCCGUCUCAUUGGCGACGCCGUAGAGCAGGCCGUCAAAGAGUCCAAAGCCUACCGGUCCUCCUCGUCAGCGGCCAACACCACCGGACACACGCCGCGCGUCAAUGUGGUCGGCAUUAUGCGCGAAGAUCACCUCCGAUACGGCGAAAACAUUGAUGGCGAAACGGUUAAUCUCCAGAACGAGGGCAACCUAUUGGACGAACAGAAGUACGAACUCAACGACAAUCACUCGCACUAUCUGGUGGUGAGGGAUAACACGGUGUCCAAGACUGGGAUCAAUAUGUUCGCGUUGCGUAUCGUACAGUACUUGUCCACAAUUGGCGGUCGCGGCGAGUUCUCCAUCGAUCUGCUCGACCAAUCAGGCCGUACAUCACCGGACGACUACGUGCCCACAAUCGCCGACCUGUGCUCACUGACCAACACAGAGAUACCGAUCGUGUCGAUCGUCAUACAGGGCGGCUACGACUGCGCCCGACUCGUGUUGGAUCACUUGAAACGACAACAGCCGGUGGUUGUGUUGCGCGGGUCGGGCGGUCUCGCAGACCUACUGGCCUUCGCCUAUCUGGAGACACAGCAACGGUGCCGAGACUUGGCCGACACGUGGGACGCCGAGUACGUCGAGUCCUUUCUGAAGCCAGAGCUCUCCAACAAGAUUGUCAAUCGGUUCCCGCGUCUCCGGGGCAACACUCUGGCCAGAAAUAUCUUCAGGGAUCGUAUACUGGAGUGCAUUGUCAAUCGGUUCCCGCGUCUCCGGGGCAACACUCUGGCCAGAAAUAUCUUCAGGGAUCGUAUACUGGAGUGCGUACGGCUGGCCAGACAGGGCGGCUGCGUAUACCUGAGUGUACUAAACAUGCAUAACUCCGCCUGCAAUCUGGAGAACCUGUCCGAGUAUCUGCUUCUGGCGCUGUUUCAGUCACAACACUCCAGUAGCCGUACGCAGCCGUCCCUCUCCAACACCGAUAUACUACUCAAAGACCUAUACCUGACGCUGGACUGGAACUGUCCGCACGUGGCGGCCACCGAAGUGAUCAGUCGCGACCCGUCGUGCGUACUCCGGCUGGAGAAGGCCAUGUUUGAACAGGCGCUCACCCGACCCGACCGCGAAGAGUUUGUGGACCUAUUCAUGACAAACGGCUUUCGUGUGCACAAGUUUUUGACGCCCAAACGGCUGCGCAAUCUCUUCAAACGCAUCCAUCGCCACGAGUUCUUCCGCUCCGUGUGUUGGGAGGGAGUGUUGGGCCACUCGUACGACACCAAACUUACCAAAGAGUUUGUGGACAUUGAUCUCAAUUGGCUGAUCGAGUCGUGCACUGAUUUGCGCCAUUUUGUCCAAUCGCAGACACUGGCGCUCAAUGUGAUGGGUAUGUAUCCGUCCACCACUUCAGAGCCGGACCCGGCGGCCGACGUGGCGUCCGCCGAGCGUAAGGCGCUGUUCAUACUGACGAUGUGGGCUGUGUUCGGCAAUCGGCAGAAGUUGGCCAAAGUUUUGUGGAAACACUGCGACCAACCGAUUCAUUUGGGUCUAAUAGUGUCGAUGAUGUUGGAGCGGCUCUCGUGGUACGUCGGCGAACAGAACCUCAAGACCGAACUCAAGGAUCCGUCCAAACUGUUUGCCGACUACGCCAUCGGCGUUCUCGACCUGUGCUUCUCUCAGGACGAGUCCCGAGCGAACGAUGUGCUCAGCGAAGACCCCGUCGAGUGGAACUACAAGACAGCGGUCGACAUCGCGGCCAACGCCCGUCUGCGCACGUUUCUCGCCCACCCGUGUUGUCAGAAGUGGUUGACCAACACAUUCCUCGGCAACAUUCGCCUUCGGGAGAUGAGUUGGGGCUUCUUCUCGAUGCCGCCGUCGAUGAAGAUACUGUUGUCGGCGCUGUUGGUGUUCCCGAUGUACGUGUGGGUCAGGUUUCGGCCGAAGACCGGCCGACAGUCGGCGCACGACGAGCGCACCGAAGAACAGGAGGACGAGAGGGACGCCAUCGAUGAGGAGCAGCAUCUGAUCAACGCUCAGGCGGCGGCGGCCACAGCGGCUGGCGGUGAUGGCCAGAAACCCAGCGUAGGCUUUGUGGGUACUUUCAUUCCGGGUCCAGUCGGUGAUGCCUUCGAAGAGGCCGGCGAUCUAUUGAAUAAAACGGGCGAAGAGUUGGCCAAACAGAGCCGUCACUACCAGACAGUGAUCAAACACCGCGAGCUAUUGAUCCGCAAACAGCCGCCGCUCUUCACAAUGAUCUACGACAUGUGGAACGCGCCGAUUACCAAGUUCUGGAUGUUUAACUUGUUUUACAUCAUAUUCUUAGUGUUGUUCAGUUUGGCGCUGGUGUGGCCCUCGUGCGGGAACUACUACCUGGACUCGACUGUAUGCGCGUGGACUGCUCUCAUACUUCUGGAGCACAUCCGGCGCACAUUCGUACUGUACCGCAAGUACACGUCGGUGCCCAUCGUAUUCAAGUGCAUGGAGAUCGUGGCCAUCAUCGUAUUCGUGGUGAUCUACGCCUCCGGCCGCGUGUUUGACCGCCGCAUAUUCGGCUACUACACCAUGAAAGUGAUGCUAUCGUUCGCACUCAUCUACUUCUACUACCGCCUGUUCGCCGUACACCUGCCCAUCAGUCCAACACUGGGCCCCCUAUUGUAUCGGCUCAAGUUGAUGAUCACGGUCGAUUUUGUCAACUUCAUGCGUAUGGCACUGUUGGUGAUUUGUAGCUCAGGUGUGGUCAUACAGGCCGUGCUCUACCCCGACGAGCCGCUCAGCCUUAAGAUGUUUCGCCAGGCGUUUCAUCGAGCGUUUUUCACCCUAUUCCUCACGCCUACCUCCGAGAUAGUAGGCUUUAUUUAA